UGAGGACAGAAGAGAGCUGCACACUGAGGAAGUUCAUGUCUACAAGCUUAGUGAAGCUGUGAACCGCCUUCAAACUUCAAACCAGACUCAUCCAACUUGUGUCCACAAAGAGGACGCUGACCUCAUCAGAGAUGGUCAAGAAGGACAUCCUCAACAUUUUAGAUGACCUCAUGAAGGAGGAGUUUGAAAGGUUCAAGUGGCACCUGCGGGACUAUUCAAGCCUGGGACACCCACGAGCAAUCCCACCCUGUGACCUGGAAACAGCAAACAGGAUGAACACGGUGGACCUGAUGGUUCGGUGCUACGACACAGAUUCAGUUCAGGUGGCCAUGAAAGUUUUGAAAAUGAUGGAAAUGAACGAUCUGGCUGACAAGUUAUCAAAAAUGAACUCUGACUCUACGGGCGAACCGAAUCCUGUGGGAGGAGAUAGAGGUCAAGAGAUCGUCAACGGUCAACGUGAACUCAAAUCCAACCUGAAGGAGAAGUUCCAGUGUGUGUUUGAGGGGAUCGCUGAAGCAGGAAACACAACCCUUCUGAAUGAGAUCUACACAGAGCUCUACAUCACAGAGGGAGGGACUGCAGAGGUCAAUCAAGAACAUGAGGUCAGACAGAUUGAAACAGCAUCCUGGAAAUCAGACAGACCAGAAACAACCAUCAGACUAGAAGACCUCUUCAAAGCCUCAGCUGGAAGCAAGAAACCAAUCAGAACAGUGAUGACUAUGGGAGCGGCUGGCAUUGGGAAAACAUUCUUAACACAGAAGUUCACUCUGGACUGGGCUGAAAACAAAGACCACCAGGACAUACAGUUCACAUUUCCAUUCACCUUCAAAGAGCUGAAUGUGCUGAGAGAGAAGAAGUUCAGCUUGGUGGGACUUGUUCAUCACUUCUUCAAUGAAACCAAAGCAGCAGAAAUCUGCCGGUUUGAGAAGUUCCAGGUUGUGUUCAUCUUUGACGGUCUGGAUGAGUGUCGACUUCCUCUGGACUUCCACAACAAUGAGAUCCUGACUGAUGUCACAGAGUCGGCCUCACUGGAUGUGCUCCUCACAAACCUCAUCAGGGGGAAUCUGCUUCCCUCUGCUCGCCUCUGGAUAACCACCCAACCUGCAGCAGCCAAUCAGAUCCCUCCUGAGUGCGUUGGCAUGGUGACAGAGGUCAGAGGGUUCACUGACCUCCAGAAAGAGAAGUACUUCAGGAAGAGGUUCAGAGAUGAGGAGCAGGCCAGCAGGAUAAUCUCUCACAUCAAGACCUCACGAAGCCUCCACAUCAUGUGCCACAUCCCAGUCUUCUGCUGGAUCACUGCUGGAGUUCUGAAGGAGGUGUUGAUGACCAGAAAGAGAGGAAAGCUGCCCAUGACCUUGACUGAGAUGUACAUCCACUUCCUGGUGGUUCAGUCCAAAGUGAAGAUGGUCAAGUACGAUGGAGGAGCUGAGACGGAUCCACACUGGAGUCCAGAGAGCAGGAAGAUGAUUGAGUCUCUGGGAAAACUGGCCUUUGAUCAGCUGCAGAAAGGCGACCCGAUCUUCUAUGAAUCAGACCUGACUGAAUGUGGCAUCGAUAUCACAGCAGCCUCAGUGUACUCAGGAGUGAUCACUCAGAUCUUUAAAAAGAAGAAAGGACUGUACCAGGACAAGGUGUUCUGCUUCGUACAUCUAAGUGUUCAGGAGUUUUUGGCUGCUCUUCAUGUCCAUCUGAACGUCAUCAGCUCUGGGGUCAAUCUGCAGUCAUCAGAACUUGAAACAAUGUCUCUCUACCAGAGUGCUGUGGACGAGGCCUUACAGAGUCCUAACAGACACCUGGACUUGUUUCUCCGCUUCCUUCUGGGUCUUUCACUGGAGACCAAUCAGGCUCUUCUACGAGGUCUGCUGACACAGACAGGAAGUCGCUCACAGACCAAUCCGGAGACAGUUCAGUACAUUGAGGAGAAGAUAAAUGAAAAUGUUUAUCCAGAGAAAAGCAUCAAUCUUUUCCACUGUCUGAAUGAACUGAAAGAUGUCUCUCUAGUGGAGAAGAUCCAACAGUCCUUUAGAUCGGGAUGUUUCUCCACAGAUAAACUGUCUCCUGCUCAGUGGUCAGCUCUGGUCUUCAUCUUACUGUCAUCAGAAGAAGAUCUAGAGGUGUUUGACCUGAAGAAAUACUCUGCUUCAGAGGAGGCUCUUCUGGGGCUGCUGCCAGUGGUCAAAGCCUCCAACAAAGCUCUACUGAGUGGCUGUAAACUCUCAAAGAGAAGCUGUGAAUCUCUUUCCUCAGUUCUCCGCUCCCAAUCCUCUAGUCUGAGAGAGCUGGAUCUCAGUAACAACAACCUGCAGGAUUCAGGAGUAAAGCUUCUGUCUAGUGGACUGGAGAGUCCACACUGUCACCUAGAGACACUCAGGCUGACAGGCUGUCUGAUCACAGAGGAAGGCUGUGCUUCUCUGGCCUCGGCUCUGAGCUCCAACCCCUCCCAUCUGAGAGAGCUGGAUUUGAGCUACAAUCAUCCAGGAUACUCAGGGGCGAAGCUGCUGUCUGCUGGACUGGAGGAUCAACACUGGAGACUGGAGACUCUCAGGGUGGAGCCUGCUGGAGUCCGAUGGUUGAGACCAGGUCUGAGGAAGUAUUCCUGUGAACUCACAAUCGACACAAACACAGUAAACAGAAAACUCAAACUGUCUGACAACAACAGAAAGGUGACACGUGUGGAGGACGAUCAGUCAUAUCCUGAUCAUCCAGACAGAUUUGACCACAGGCCUCAGCUGCUGUGUAGAACUGGUCUGACUGGUCGCUGUUACUGGGAGGUUGAGUGGAGCGAAUACGUUGAUGUAUCAGUGAGUUACAAAGGAAUCACGAGGAAAGGAGACAGUGACGAGUUUUGGUUUGGAUGCAAUGAUCAUUCCUGGAGUCUGAUGGGCUCUGAUAAAGGUUACUGUGUUCGUCACAAUAAGACAGAAACACUCAUCACCUCCUCCUCCUCCUCCUCCUCUGGUAGAGUAGCAGUGUAUGUGGACUGUCCUGCUGGCUCUCUGUCCUUCUACAGAGUCUCCUCCGACACACUGAUCCACCUCCACACCUUCAACACCACAUUCACUGAACCUCUUUAUCCUGGGUUCUUGUUCUGGUCGGGUUCGGUUUCCUUAGUGUCUCUGUGUUCUCUGCAGGAGGGAGAGUCUCCUCCUGAUGGAGAACCUUCCUCUCUGCUCACCACAUAGUUCAGUCUGUGCAGCUGAUGGUGGUUCA